CAGAAACGUCUCCUCUUCUCCUCCACCUCCACCUCCACCGCCGGCCCACAAAAUCCUCUCUCUUUCUCUCUCCUCACUUCUCUUCUCCUUCUCCGACCGGCCUCCAUGGCCCUCGACUCCGUCCCGUCCUACCCCGGCGACCUGGGAUCUAGCAGCAGGGCAACCAGGCAACAGAGAAUCCGGAAGGAGGAGCAGACGUGGACGGCGGACACCUACGCGCCGUACGACGACGGGCACCAGUGGAGGAAGUACGGCGAGAAGAAGCUCUCCAAUUCCAACUUCCCAAGGUUCUACUACAGAUGUACCUACAAGACGGACAUGAAGUGCCCUGCCACAAAGCAAGUCCAGCAGAAGGACAUGAGUGACCCACCAUUGUUCACAGUCACUUACUUCAACCAUCACAGCUGCAGCACCACCUCGAGGCCCAUCGGCAGCGCCUCGGACACGGCGGAGCAGCCUUCCUCGAGGAAGGCAGUGUCUAUCUGCUUCGGUUCACAGGCCAGCGAGCAGCCUACAUUCUUAACAUCGCCAUCUAUGCUGCAGUCACCAGCAAGCAGAGCCAGCCAACAGCAGGACACGGGCACUUAUGCUCGCCAGUUUCAGUGGACAGACACAUCUCCAUCGGCAGGCGAUUCUCUGGUCAAGAUGGAGGCUGACGAUCUCUCUGGAACGAGCUCUUCGUCGGUCAUCUCCGGUGGUGCUCUGUCAAGGACAUUGCUGCCAAUCGGCCAGUCGAGAUGCAUCGAGUACUUUCAGUUCUUGUGAUGGAAGAAGAUGAUACCGGGUAGCUCCUUGGUCCUUGUUGCAGGUUAAGAUUGAAUGGGGACAUCACCUACUAUUCUGAAGCUCUGAAUGAUCCCAUGGAGAUAUGACUGAUGCUGCCUUUGUUCUUUUGAUUCUUUACAUUCGGAACCAAGCCACAUUUUUGUGCUUGGAUGAUGUAAAGAGUUGGACUGGAGUUUGUUUAUUUAUCUAGUACCAGUAGUAAAUCACACCUUAAGGGAAAGUUCAGGUAGCUAUGUUCGAAAUCAGUUUGGCUGGCCAAUCUUUUACA